AUGGCCGGCCCGAGAGCACGAUCAAGCAGCGUCCGCAGGGCUCGCGGCCUUUCGAUUGGAGAGGAUGGCAGGCCGGUGCCGCUCAAGCGUUGGGAUGGUGCCAGCAAAACGUGCAGGGACUGGGACGGGCUACGAAGGGACCCGGAUAUAUGGGAGCGAAACGGUAACUGCCUUAUUCACCUCUAUGCAAAGGGUGAUUCGAAGCGCGGGCCAUCUUUCAAGCUGCCCUUUGCGGCUCUGCUGUUAGCCGGCUGCCUUCCGCUCAUCGAAAAGUUCCUGGUACUGGAGGGCCUUGCGUCUAGGACGGCGCAGGAGAUUGAGAGGUGGGAUCAGCUGCAUCCUAGGUCGACGGCUGAGCUGUAUAUCCCGGCCCCGCCUCAUGCCACCGAUAAGCAGGCUCAGCUUUACCACCUGGCUUUCAGAAAUUUCUUUGCGUGGGUUCUAGGGAGGCCAAUCGUGGGUGAAAGCCUGGGAAGUGCGCUUGUAACACUACUUCACUCCAUGCGCGAGUUCAGGUCUUCUCCGGAAAGAAACGUGGAUGAUUUGCUCACGUAUAUGCGCCACGCUCAGUACCUCGAUAUGGCCGAAGUGCCUGUCCACGCCACAGCAGCCCUCCACCUGGCGGAAACAUUUCAGCUGAGUGACUUGUAUAAACAGGCUUUUGCUCAUUGCGUUGGCAUGCACGACCGCCUGUUUUCCACUGCAGAGUACCAGCUUAUCAGCGCGGUAUCGCGAACGCUCGUCCGCAGAGCACGCCUAGAAAUGAACGCAAUGCUACAGCAGACAGCCACUAGACUGAGGGGCUUCCUCGAGGAAGAGCUGUCGGAAACGAACUUGGGCAUUCCACCCGGAACGCGCGCGCACCUCGAGAGGUUCCGAAGCUUUCUGCUGUCCUUUUACUCAGCCAAGCUUGGCUACUAUCCUCCCAAGACAUUUAGCGCAGACCUACUCAGCACAAUGGCGGAGGAUUUUGACGCCCUAUAUGAGCUUCUGGUGGAUAACGACUACACCGUAUCGGAUGUCAUACCAUCUGCGGCCGUUGGCGGCAUCUGCACUGAGCAGCUUGUCCAGACGUUUGACGAGAACAACAAAUUCGAGCCCUUGCAACAUCCUCUACCUCAGCUACCUCAGCUUGAGACUCCUUACGAUGGGCUCCGCCGCCUCUCCAAGCUUCCAUUCGUCGAGAAGGUUGUCCCUGGACAGCGGCUAGUUACGAUCGCAUCCUUAAUCACGGCAUCCAACUGGACAGAAAAAUGUUUCAAGAACGACCUCGUACAGGCAUACCGCAGAUUCGAAGAGGACGCAAUUCUCUCCCCCAGCAAGGCUGACAAGAGCGAAAAGAUUUCACUGCUCGAGGCUCGCAAGGUGCGAUGGAUCAUGAUUUACGCUGUCCACCAAGUCCUGCGCAGUGCAACACGAAAACCGGCAGAGGUGUGGGGCGAGGAGGCGUCUUAUCACCUUACAGUCUCGAUGAAUGGCACCCCUCCAUGGUCAUCGGCAUCCCACGAGACGAAGAAACCCCUACGCAUCCAGACGGAAAUUGUGGCCAGCGACGACCUUGUGACCAAACGGGCCAUCAAGAUACAGGAAACUCCGGUGGACAAGAUAGAGAUUAAGCCCGAUAUUGACUACUUCGCGUUGACGCACAAGAGCCGCAAUCCAUCCAUGUCUACUCUGUCGGACAAUUCGUCGCCUGCCACCCUAUCCCGGUCGAGCUCGUUUUCCAUCUGCCUGAGGCGCAACUCAACCAUCCGCAGGUCGCUAAGGAAAUUCAGGAGGAGCUCCAUGUCAGGAUCACAGCCGUCAACGACGCCGCCAUCGCCGGCGAAGCCCUUGUACCACGAGAUUGUUGUACAGGGCUAUGGAAACGGGACACAAACAGUCACGGUAGAGCCGGAGGAUGAGGGGCUGACGAUGAAAGGCGCCCUGGCGGGCCGGAGUGAUUCGACGGCGUCGUCUCAGUCGAACUCUAGCUCGAGCACUACUGCCUCGUCAGUGCCCGAGAGCAUGAGCAGCACCAUCGACACGCUGUCCACGAGCGCGCUGUCCAGUCCCACGACGCCCACGACAGAUGCCGCCUUGGAGCUUGAGAUGAUGCUCGCUCGUUGGGGUCCACAAGACAAGGCCCCGGUUAGACUGGAUCUGCCGCGUUCGGCAUCAGCCUGCGCCAUUUCCGGCGAACUGCAGAGCUUAGCGGCAGGGCUCCACAGCUACGUGGGAGCGCUUGACAGGAAAGAAGACGUCAAGAGAAAACGAAGAAGCCUAGAGCCCGCGCGGUCGGCGCCGGCGCCAGCCGCGCUGCAGCGACGCUACACGAUGCUCGGGGACCUUCGACGGAAGAAUUUUGGGUUUGAAGCCAAGAACAUUUCCGUCCGCAUUCGUGAGAAUAGCAUUAGCGAGGAAACGUGGACUCCCAGCCGCAGGGAUUCGGAUGAUUGGUCCAUAAUGUUCGCCUUUAUGGACGGGACUGAGACAGAGGCUAAAGCUAAUACGAACGACGCCUGGGCACAAUAUUCAGAUCUAGGAGGACUCACUGAUAUGAGUUAGCCCACGUAUGUCUAUAUGCAUGCAUAUGAUUGGGUAUAAUGAGAGAUGUGAACAGGGCUGGAGAAGGAAAAGAAGAAGGGCAUCAUUUCUUGCAAUGGUGGAAAAGCAAAAUUUUGGUAUUUUUUUUCUCUCCUUUUAAUUUUUUUCUUAUGUUUGUUGCAUAUUUUGGUUGAUACCCAGUGUCGGCUGACACGCUUACGAUACCAUUUUCUCUGGCUGUCAUUCGUUUUGUAUUGGACAUUCUUUUUUUCUGUUUGCAAGUCCUGGGAUAUGGUACAAAAACGGGCUACAUAAGAGAGCGCAUUGCCUCUUAGACUUGAAGAUGAAUAUUUACUGCGAGAGC